AUGACUGAGGAUACAGAUAAGAAAUGGCCUUUGAAUAGGCCUGUGUCGGCCCAUAUUACAAUACAUUAUGAGGACGAUGAAAGAGAAAGAGCAGGGAAAGUGGUUAAGACGGUGUUGAAUAUUGAUCAGGCAGGUGAAAAUGAUGUUGCGAGUUCAUUGCAAGGUUAUUCGUUAGAGGAGGCCUGUAAGAGUCCCACGGCUUCGCCGAGGGACUCCAGAAGGCCUUCUAAUGCUAACUCGAUGAAUGUUUACGAUUUUUAUCAGUGUGUGCAUAGACAACGAGAUAGUGAGCGUGAAAAUGGCUCGCAUUCCGUUGGUAGAAGGUUCAGUGAACCAAGAAUUCCUAAUACUACUAAUCAACAACAUCCCAGACAUUUGCAUUGUACGCAGGAGGAAGCUCCGAUUGUGCGAUCUAUGUCUUUGGCUACAGGCAUGGAUCCACAUCUCAUAAUGCUUCCACCUUUAAGAAAAAAUCGAGCGGAUGAAAGAUUGUCGUCGCGAACUUCUUCAAGAUCCUCAUCGAGGUCAUCUUCAGGAUCUGAACCUUCGGCAGAACAUAGGUGCCUGGAUCUUUCGUGUCCUUGCUCGAGGCACCAUCAUAGAAGGAACUCGGUAGCUGUGAAAUUUCAUAAGGCCAUGUAUAAGAAGGCCUAA